AUGCCCACGUCCACAUCCACGCAUGCCCCCGCGCCGUCCUCGUCCGCUGAGCACCGCUAUCACGCAAACGGAAGGGCGGCCGUGGUGGCAUCUCGCGACAGGGCCUCGGGGACACCUCGCAAAGAAAAACAAACCCACAGGGAAACCUCGGCCGUGCAGGAUCCUGGCCUCAAAGAUUACCGUCUGGGAGAAUGCUUGGGCAAGGGCGCCUUCGGAUCUGUCUACAAGGCCUUCAACUGGGGUACCGGCGAGGCAGUCGCUGUCAAGCAGAUCAAGCUAGUGAAUCUGCCCAAGAGCGAGUUGCGAAUGAUCGAGUCCGAAAUCGACCUCCUCAAGAACCUUCAUCACGACAACAUUGUGAAGUAUCUCGGUUUCGUGAAAUCAGCCGAUUGUCUCAAUAUUGUCCUCGAAUACUGCGAGAAUGGCUCCCUUCACUCCAUAUGCAAGGCGUAUGGGAAGUUUCCCGAGAAUCUCGUCGGCGUCUAUAUGACCCAGGUUUUGCAGGGUCUGCAAUAUCUCCACGAUCAAGGUGUCAUCCAUAGGGAUAUCAAGGGGGCCAACAUUUUGACCACCAAGGACGGCACGGUCAAGCUGGCUGACUUUGGCGUCUCGACGAGCACACUGGCUGGCGGUCAAGACAAGGAGGCCCAGGUUGUAGGAACCCCCUAUUGGAUGGCCCCUGAGAUCAUCCAGCUUUCUGGCGCCAGUCCGGCAUCCGACAUCUGGAGUGUGGGCUGUACGGUCAUCGAGUUACUGCAGGGGAAGCCCCCUUACCACAACCUGGCUGCUAUGCCGGCCCUGUUUGCCAUUGUCAACGACGACCAUCCCCCACUACCCGAAGGGAUAUCCCCUGCUGCCCGAGAUUUUUUGAUCCAAUGUUUCCAAAAAGACCCCAACCUGAGAGUGACGGCCCGAAAGCUGCUGAAACAUGCCUGGAUUGCUGGAUGCCGGCGGAGCGAUGCACCCGUCUCCAAAGCGCCGUCCAACUUUAACCAAGCCGUCGAGGAGGUGAAGCAGUGGAACAAAGCCCUGAAGUCGUCCGAGACCUCUCUCCGUGCCUCCAGCGGCUCUGAAGGUGGUGGGAUGUUUGGCCAUGGAGGCCACCCAAGUUCCAGACUUCACGGGCCUGAACCUCACAAGCCGAACCUCGUCGCUUCUGCAAAGGGACCGCUGUCUUUGGCCAAACCGAGGCCUAAUGCCGAUGCAUUCCGGUCCCCUGAACUGGCUGAUGACGACAACUGGGACAACGACUUUGCAACUGCAAUCUCUCCCGGCGCCCUCCAGCUACCUCACCUCAAACCUCAGGAUAAUUUCGGGGGCAUGCUCUCUUCAGACAGACUCAAGGCAUUCGCUUCCACCAUGGACCAUCGUAGUCAUUCUGUCAGCUACGAUGAGGACUUUGAGGGCGAACUCAUGACCAUCAAAGGUCCAAGCCAAGGCAUCUUCCAUGACCUUGACUCCCAGGAGAAGACCAUCCGCCCGUUCCGCCGAAAUAAGAGCGAAAAUUUCCCGGAGCCCUCAAAACCACAAUCACCGGCUAAGUCAAGCCCCCGAAAACCAAGCCAUUCUCAUAAACCUUCCCACUCCAGAUCUCCCACCAAACCGCAACUGGGAAGCAGCAGGUUCGAGCUGCCGCCACGGCCUGAUCUGGCAUAUCGCGAACAGUCCGUCGAAGACUAUUCGGAUCUAUUCUUUGAGAACGACAAUGUGUUCAACCAACGGGUUGGCUCUCUUUCAAAAAAGGCCGAUGCUCCACAGCUUUUCCAUCCCUCAGACCUAACAACCCUCCCCCCUUCCACGGAUCCGCCUACGGGAGGCAGCACGAGACGAAAGGCUGCGUCAAGGCCAUCCGUUCUUCCAGACAGAUCCAUGCACAGGGCAAGAUCCUCCAUCGAGAUCCAAAAGUUCGCCGAAGACGAAGAGGAGGAUUUCUCUGAUAUUUUCGGACCCGAAGAGCAAUCGACGGAAAGGGAUGAGAGUGACCGUGGGUCAGAAGACGGUGGUCUUAUGCUGCACUCCAGACUCUCUAACAAUUCUUGGCUCGGAGACGACGAUGACGAGGAUGACCCUUUCGCUCUUAUGGACCCUGGCUGGGACGAGAUGGACUUGGAAGCCAACAUUGCCCGGGAUCGACAUGCUCGGCGUGCCGAGAAGGUUGAGGAACUUGUGCGCUCUCUGAAGACGACGGAGGGCGAGGAAAAGCUCUCGAUUUUAUCCGAGGACCUGCUUGCUCUUCUUUGGGAGAAUACCGAGGUAAAGGAUCUCGUCAUCAGCGCCCAUGGUUUGCUGCCCAUCCUGGAGAUCCUCGAGCCCUGUACGGUGAAGAGCAGACAGCACAUGAUCCUGCAACUUCUCAAGGUGGUUAAUACGAUUAUCCUUGACGACGUCGAGAUCCAGGAGAACCUGUGCUUUGUGGGCGGCAUCCCCAUCAUUACAAAGUUUGCCGCCAGGCAGUAUUCCAAUGAAAUUCGGCUCGAGGCGGCGGCGUUUGUGCGCCAGAUGUAUCAGACCUCGACGCUCACGCUGCAGAUGUUUGUGAGCGCUGGCGGUCUUAAUGUUCUAGUAGAAUUUCUGGACGAGGACUUCGACGAUGCCAGAGACCUAGUCCUGAUUGGAGUCAACGGUAUUUGGAACGUGUUCGAGCUUCAGGGUCCCACGCCUAAGAAUGACUUUUGCCGCAUCUUCUCGAGAAGCAAGAUCCUCUAUCCCCUCGCCUUGGUGCUGCACAGGGUGCUAGACGAGGAAGGAGAGGAUGAGUUGUCUGAGCUCAUCGAAGCCCGCAUCGUCAAUAUCUUUUACCUCUUCUCCCAGGCGGAGAACUACGUCAAGGAAGUCGUCGCGGACCGUCAGGUCCUAAAGAGCGUCCUUAAGGAUUUAAGGCGGAUGACACCCGUCCACCAGAUCACGAUGCUCAAGUUCAUCAAGAACCUGUCCAUGCUGUCGACCACCCUUGAGUCGCUACACUCUGCGGAUGCCAUUGAGCUCUUGAUUGACCUGUUGAGUUACAGCAUGAGAAAGGGUCACAAACACUUUCGGGAGAUCUCGAAUCAAGUCUUGAACACCAUGUUCAAUCUUUGCCGCCUCAGCAAGGAACGGCAAGAGGACGCGGCUGUGGGAGGAAUCAUCCCGUUACUCAUGCGGAUUAUGCAGACGGACAGGCCGCCGAAAGAGUUCGCCCUUCCCAUAUUGUGUGAUAUGGCUCACUCUGGAAGCAAAGGCCGCCGCUAUCUGUGGCAGAACAAGGGCUUGGACUUUUACAUUUCGCUCUUGCCUGACCAAUACUGGCAGGUCACUGCGCUCGACGCCAUCCUCGUAUGGCUCCAGGAGGAAACUGCCAAGGUCGAAAGACAUCUUCUCGAGGGGAAAUUCGCCGACGCCAUUGCGGCGUGCUUCAGUACGAACCGGAUUAACUCGUUCGACUCCAAUCUCCUGGAGCCUCUCCUCAAGCUGCUGAGGCUAAGCCCGUCCAUCUCGGGAUCCCUGGCUCGACCUGAGAUGUUCGCGGGCAUCGCUCUGAGGCUCGGUCACAAGAAGGCAGUGGUGAGGCUCAAUCUCCUACGCCUGGUGCGCAACAUCAUGGACGCAUGUGAGCUCGAAACCGUGGAUACAGGCAAGGGCAGCAGCGCCUUGAACAGCAAGCAGGUGCAUGCUCUCAUGGCAGCCAUCAAAACCCUGGCCGAGACGGACUCGGCAGUGCUUGUCCGGAACCUGGCGUCCGAGCUGGUGAAGUCGCAUAUCGACGACGAUGCCUUCGAGGGUAUACCUUCCGAGCGUAAAGGGUCUGGCAGUAGCGUGUCAUCGUCUCGGCGCUCGGGAUCGGGGCCACGACGCAACUCCUCCUUCACGCCUCCUGGUCUUCGCGCGGCGGCAUCCAUGCCCCCGACACCUACGCACGCUGGCGCGCCGCGUUCUCGGGCGUCUCUCCAUCCCGGGAUGCUCAGUGGUGCCUACAUCGAGGUGGCAUCCAGCCCGCGUCGCAAUCCGAUGACGGGCUCGAAUGACCGGGAACCGCUGGUAUACCGGCCGCGGAGCAGGGAAGGUCCGACAGCCAUCCCCCGACGGGUCAGCGGCGACUCCUCUUCCGCAGUGGGCAUGCCCAAUGGUUCCAGGAGCCGGCUCCCUAGAACCUCGACAAACCCCAGCCGGUCCGGGGGCGUCUCGGCGCAGCCUCCCAUGGUUCGAGCGGAUAGUGCACCGUCGGGCAAGGAGAACUACGGCAGAAACCCCUCUUCGACCGCUUCUCAGCCAGUGUCUUCGUCUUCGGUGACAACCAGUGUUCUGGCCGGAAGGAGGCGGAGCAGGGCGCCUAGCAACGACGUACAGUGGAAUUGA